AUGGUUCUGAAAGGACCUAAGACCGGGCUUGGUGUCUACCAGAUAAUACCUGUCCUCACACUCGUUUUUGUUAUCGCAGUAGCCAUCUCGCAAGCAAGUUACCAUGACGAAAACCGCCAUGCUUCCUGGCAUGCCCACUAUCCGCCUGGGAAUCGUUGGAAACGCCAGACCAGCCCCAACGUGACCUUUUCGGUGGAUGACAAUAACUCGACCGAAGCCAAGCGGAUCGUGAAGGCGGCCCAAGCCGAAGCCGCAAAGCGCAACAAGUACCUCGUGGAGCAUGUCCGUCGAAACCACUACACUUUUACGGCUAGCGCUAAAAUCAGUUCCGCUGGGGGUGAGGUCAAUGACACCCUUGCUACAGGAUUCAACAACACUGUCACGGCGGCCGCGGCUGUCGUCGCCCAGAGCUUGUCGUCAGGCAACAAGACAACCACCGCCAUCUUUGACAAGAGACAGGCCAGCUCAUACUGGAUGGCCAACAUGGUCCAGAACGGUGUGUCGCCGUUUGCUCCGUCCGGCUACCGGGUCUGGCGAAACGUUAAGGACUUUGGUGCUGUCGGGGAUGGCGUCACCGACGAUACGGCUGCCAUAAACCUCGCCAUUUCUUCCGGUGGCCGCUGCGGGCUUGGGUGUGGCAGUACUUCGACCUUGUUUGCCGUCGUGUACUUCCCACCAGGGACGUAUCUUGUCAGCAGCUCCAUUAUACAGUAUUACAUGACACAGCUCGUUGGCGAUGCUAGCAACUUCUUCCGGCAGGUGCGCAACUUCGUCCUCGACAUCACAACUGCGCCCUUACAAGCAUACGUUGCUGCUAUUCACUGGCAGAUCGCGCAGGCCACCUCCCUGGAGAACAUCAAAUUCGUCAUGUCCUCCUCGCCGGGCAACAACCAGCAGGGCAUCUUCAUGGAGAACGGCAGUGGUGGGCUUCUGAAUGACCUCGAAUUCGAAGGUGGUGCCCUCGGUGCAUACCUCGGCAACCAGCAAUUCACGGUGCGCAACCUCAAGUUCCGCGACCAGCUCGAGCGAGCCGUCGAAAUCCAUUGGGACUGGGGUUGGACCUGGAAGGGUGUGGAUAUUGCCAAUGGUCCCAUCGGCGUCAUCAUGUUGACUCCCGGAGUUCCCACCGAGGUUGGCUCGGCCAUCUUCAUCGACAGCGCCAUGUCAAACGUGGCCCUCGGUUUUAAGGUCCAGCCGCCCAUGGACGGCGCCAAGGUUUCCCUUAGUUUGUUUAGUCUCAGCCUCUCAAACGUACCGACUGUCGUCCAAUACGAUGGCGGUGCUACGCUCCUCACCGGGACAUCUGGAUCAACUACGAUCGCUGCUUGGGGGCUGGGCAAGCGUUACGACACGACAGCGGGCGAGGAUUCUGGGGUGUGGCAAGACGGCACGGCCUUCCCUCGAGCGCCGAUCAUCUCGUCGGGUUUGCUGAAAGACCCUGGCCUCCAGACAUCUGGCUUCUUCGAGCGCUCCAAGCCGCAGUACGAGAGCUUGCCGGCAUCGGCAUUUGUCAACCUCAAGUCCGUCUUUGGCGCGGUGGGUAAUGGCGUGGCGGACGAUACAUCGGCACUCAACACUGCCUUUGCCUCGGCCGCGUCCUCGGGUCUGAUCCUGUGGAUCCCGGCGGGUGUGUACAUCGUGACAGACACCGUCCUUAUACCGCCGGGGGUGAAGGUGGUUGGGCAGGUGUGGUCACAGAUUAUGGGGUCCGGCGGCUUGUUUUCCCAUGCUGAUGAGCCACGGCCAGUGGUCAAGGUGGGUAAACCGGGCGAUGUUGGCAGCGUCGAAAUUCAAGAUUUGUUGUUCACCGUGCGCGGUGCAACAGCCGGGGCGGUUGUUCUACAAUGGAAUAUUCGCGCGUCGUCUCCAGGGUCCGCCGCAAUGUGGGAUGCGCACGUCCGGGUUGGGGGGGCUGCAGGGUCGGAUCUGCAGGUCGGAGACUGCCCGAAGCUAACUGGCAGCGUGAACCCGAAGUGCGUCUCAGCAUCGAUGCUUGUCCAUAUCACCAAGGAGGCCUCGGCGUACUUUGAGAAUACCUGGUUUUGGGUUGCCGACCAUGACCUCGAUAUUCCUGCUCAAACCCAGAUUGAUGUAUAUGUCGCCCGAGGCUUCCUCAUAGAAAGUACUCACCCUACAUGGCUCUACGCCACCGCGAGUGAGCACUGUGUGCUGUAUCAGUACCAAACCCUCAAUGCCGCCAACGUUUUCAUGGGCAUGAUCCAAACCGAAGCGCCAUACUACCAAGUGGCGCCUCGUGCCCCUGCACCGUUCACCCCUGGAACCUUUGCGGCUGAUCCAACUUUUGAUUAUUGUGACCCGGCGUCAACCAAAUGUGCCGUCUCCUGGGGAGUUCGCUUCAUCAAUAGCGAAAGCAUCUAUCUAUAUGGCGCCGGCCUAUACUCAUGGUUUUCCGAAUACAGUCAAGUCUGCGUCGCUCUGGAGAACUGCCAGGACCGAAUCUUUGAGAUCGACGGCACUAGUGACGUAUGGAUCUACAGUCUCAUCACGAAAGCGUCCAUCGAGAUGGUCAGCCCUUACGAGGGCACCGCAGUCCUUGCUGCGGACAACAAGAUCGGUUACUGCAGCAUCGUCAUGGCAUGGCUGGGAGGUUCCGACACGAGCGAGGCCGGAGGAAAGAAGGGUGUGUCAUACAAAUCACCCAUUUUGGCGACUGUAAUUUCCUUCCCGGCUACGACGGUGCCCAAGUCUCAAACAUUCACUCUGGGCGGUGCCGUAUCCACUGAUGUUGCCCAAACCCCCAAUGGCGGGCAUCAGAACACACCGGACGGCCCCAAUGAGGACAGGUGUCUGAGGUGCGACCUAAUGCGCCUCAUUACAUCCACCUGCUGUGGAGUUGGGGGAAGCAUCGGAAACCCCGUCACGAUUCAGCCGGGCGCCAGCAUUCCCAGGCCCUUGAUCCUACCACAAGGCUUUGCCCCCAACCAGCCAGUGACAGAUGCGAACACGGGUAUCACAUACCCAGCAGGACAACCCCUAGAGGACGAGGUGACAAUUGACGGGGGGACCACCUUCCCCUUCCCCUUUUCCAUACCCGCGGGGCAGCCGUUUAGUGAUACCUUUACGCCCGACGAGUUCAAAGACGACGACGACGACGACGAAGACAACAACAUUCUGUAUAUCACCAGCGACUUUUGGGACCAACCGCAUACCGUUUUCUGCCACUAUCCCUGUACGCUGAUCUUCCCGCCAUGGACCAUAACGACAACCUUCACCCCUCCUCCAUUUACAACCACCGUCAGCGGGACCGUGUUUUCCACCACACCGCCCCCUCAGACCACCGAAAAGCUCAAGAUCAAGAAGACAACGGUCCGUAGCACGGAGGGGUCAUCCCCAACCCACGUCAUCUCUCCCAUCACUCGCCCAGAUCCCAUCUGCAUCAGAUUUACCAUCCCCAUACUUGGUAUAACCAUCCAGUUCGGUUUCUGCCCUCCCAAAGUCGAGCCACUCCCCCCGAUCCCCCAGGUGACGAUCAAGCCGCCGCCGCCAGGCACCAAGUCUGGUCCCAUCAAUAUAAACAACGAGCCCACCUCGGAGCAAUGGGAAGAGAGAGACGAAGACGAGGACGAGGACGAGGAAGAAAUGUGCGACUAUGGCCUGGAUUACGACAACGGCGACCCGACGUCCGGAAUGGACGGCUGGCCCGGCGGGCCCGACAACCCCAACAUCCGCAACAACUGGGAAUACGGCCCCAUGGCCGACCCGCCUGCCGCAGGCAUAGGCAACCCAACCACCAGUCGCGUCACCACUACAAUAUCAACCCCGCGACCCUCAAGCGAUCAACCAGCCAAUCCUACCAGCCCCAAUCCCGACCCGCUCUUGACGCCCGUUCCAGUGCCCGACAGCCCCCCCAAGCCCAAGUACGACGCCGGCACCGAGACAUCGCACUGCUACUACGACAAGCCGGGGCUCCUGGUCCGGCGCAGCCAGCUCGAGGUGGCCGUGGACCUCUUCUGCAUCCGCUACGACGGCGUCACGAUGCGCGACAACGAGUUCCACGCCAUCGCCAUCCCCAUCUCGGGCCGGGUCCCCAACGCGCGGCUGACGCACGCGCCGGGUACGUUGCGGGUCGGCGUGUACGGGAGGAACAAUGUUCAGUUUCGGCUCACGUACGGCGAGUGCAGCCGCGUGCUGAAACCCCUGACGCGGUGUUACACGCUCGCGCAGCCGACGCUGGGGUUUGGGGGCUCCGUCGAGGCGAAUGCCGCUGUUUGGGUGCUAGAACCGAGUCGGACGAUGAUCAAUUCGGAUGAGGAUUGUUCGAUUUGGGUGUUGGAGGAUGGUUCGUGCUAUUGAUGUUGGCCUGUAACUAGAAUAUAGUUGCUAGAUGCACUGGUACUGCCACGACAUGAGGCUACCGUUUUUCUCGGGAGAGGCAAUCCAAGUUGAGUACCUACCUAUCAAAAACGUACAUGUAGGCGAUCUCACUGCUCAGGUUUGCGUUUGUUGCUCUCCAUUCGCCGGGGAUAGCUUUGUCCCGCAAAACAGGAAAUAUUCCAAGUUAGGUAUACUCCCCAGAUGCCGAAAUCCUAGAGCCUCAUCCGAGCGACAAAUUGUCGAAGCAAAGAAG